AUGUCGAACUCUGCUCCAAAACCAUCACGAGAAAGCCAUCAUGCACCACUUCCACAAACGAAGGUAUCCGAUAACAAUGGAACUGGUCCUAGUGAAAGCAUAGACAUGUUCCCCACUUUCGAGAUCGAGUCGGCAGCCGUUCCUAAUCAGGCAGAUUGGUCACCAACACAUGUGGCAUACACCGAAAAUACUCUAGUCAAUAGUGGAGCUUUUCUUACUCUGCUUACAUCAGAGGCACAACACACUGGUCUUGUAAGUGGGCCUAGCCCAUCUGUCGCAAGCACGGUAAUAAAAUCCAGAAGCUCCAUGGAAAGCAAUAAUUCUUCAUCCAAGCCCGUAAAUAAUUCUCUUUUUCGUUCACCUAGUCUUAACCAAAUUCAGGCAGGUAAUGCCGACAUUAUAUUGGACAACAAUCCAACUCUAAAUUCAGUAACCUCAUCGCCAAUGUUAAGUGCAGUAACAGACGUGACCCCUUUACCAUCACCAGUCAUAAAGGGAGGCUCUCAAGAUCCAUGGGGGAGAAUCUACAAACAGUCCUUUAUUGACGAUAGCAAGGCGUCAAUUCUAGUUGAUACAACCAACAUGGAAAUAAAUUCCGAAUCCAGCAGCCCAGAUUGUAUCAAUGAGCCGAGUAGAUCUGCACAUCAAAAUCUCAUGUCCAAACCUAAAGAUUCAACAUUAAGAAAUCUGAAAAAAGUCGAAGAUGUAACAAGUGAUAUUAAUAAGCGCAACAGAUCUCAUAGCGAGUACUCACCUAAACCCGUGCAUGUACUUCGAAGUAGGAAUAUAACAGUAUUAGGAGCCCAUGCACCACUAUUGGAAUCUACUUCAACCAAAUUUACAGAACCGACUGACAUGCCAAUGCGGCGGGAGCCAAACCUAGCAUGCCAGAGAGGGAUAGGGCCUAUGCCCCACCCACCAACACCCCCUUCGAGUAGAAUGGGCUAUGAAAGCAGUGAUAGUGAAUCUCAAUCCUCGUCUAUGCUUACAACUCGAGGGAAGAAAGCUCGCUAUGAUUAUUUUGAAGCAUAUAGCAGGACUGAUAUGAAGUUGAGGAAAUGGAAAGCCCUAAAAAUUCUAGGACAAGGUACCUUCAGCAAAGUGAUCCUUGCAACUAGCCAAAUCUCAAAUGAUGAAACUGUAGGCAGUUCAAGGCUCCCUGAGAACCCGAGAGAGACGGCGUUUUUUACAAUUCCUCUCGAGAAACUUGACGCCAAGAAACUUGUCGCCGUCAAGGUAUGCGAAUACGGGUCAAAAGGUAAUUUCUCCGAGGAAAGAGUUGAAAUAUCUGUCAAAAGAGAACUAGAGUUUAUGAAAAGCAUAAGCCAUCCUUCGAUCGUAAAUUUAAAAGCUUGGAAUAUCGAAGAGACUCGCGCAAUUUUUGUACUCAGCUACUCUCCUGGUGGCGACUUGUUUGAGGUAGCAAGCGAACAUCCAGAGUUACUGGUUCCUGAUUUGUUACGAAGGAUAUUCUCAGAGUUAGUAGCUGCUGUUAUUUAUCUCCAUGAUAGACAUAUUGUACAUCGUGAUAUAAAACUUGAAAACGUCCUGGUUAAUGUUCUUUAUUAUGACCUCCGUUGUCAAAAAAAUUGGAGCACGUAUCCUUAUUCACUUAUUACGCUCACUGAUCUGGGACUUGCUCGAUAUGUUUCUGGAGACGAGAAACUGACGACAAGAUGUGGGUCUGAUGACUAUGCAGCACCUGAACUUAUAAUGGGCCAGCAAUAUGAUGGGCGUGCUACAGAUGCUUGGUCACUUGGGGUGCUAUUGUACGCCCUAGUCGAGAGCCGUUUACCAUUUGACCCUCAUCCAAGCGUUCCGGAUACACACAAGCAGCGUAGCCGGACUAGUCACCGAAUUGCUCGUGUUGAAUGGGACUGGGUUAAAUAUGCAUGCCAAGGAGAUGAUCAUGAAGGUGAUCCAGAUAAAUUUCGCAGUCAAGGCAUAAACGGUGUCAAAGAGAUUACUGAAGGCUUGCUUAGACGUGUUAGAGACCGAUGGACGUUGCAAGAAGUUGCAGCUACCGAAUGGGUUAGUGGUGGUGUUCAGGUUAAAGGUGGACUACAGUUUCGAGAAGAAAAUUUGUUGGAUGAAUCGGACAUUUAG